GGUUUGCGAAGGCGACGGCGCGCCGUUGGUGUCAUGCGGAAGAUGGCGGCGUCCAAGGGAGGCUGAGGGCUUUGAGGAAGCGGUGAGAGGCUUCCGUACAGCCCGAACGUGCGGUUUUGGGGGUCCCUUCGCUCUGUGUUUCCUGCUCCAGGUUUCGCGUCGCGCAUCUUCCCAGACCCUCGGGCGCGAUGUGGAGGAGCUGCCUCCGGCUGCGGGACGGGGGACGCCGUCUCCUGAAUCGGCCAGCGGGUGGUCCCUGCGCUUCUAUGAGUCCGGGGCCAACCAUCCCGUCUCCAGCCCGGGCUUACGCCCCGCCGACAGAAAGGAAGAGGUUUUAUCAGAAUGUCAGCAUCACACAGGGUGAAGGUGGCUUUGAGAUAAACCUGGACCAGAGGAAGCUGAAAACUCCCCAAGCCAAGCUCUUUACCGUCCCCAGUGAGGCCCUGGCCAUUGCAGUGGCCACUGAAUGGGAUUCCCAGCAGGAUACCAUCAAGUACUACACCAUGCACCUGACCACAUUGUGCAACACAUCCUUGGACAACCCAACCCAGAGAAACAAGGAUCAGCUGAUCCGGGCAGCCAUGAAGUUUCUGGACACUGACACCAUCUGCUACAGGGUGGAGGAGCCUGAGACAUUAGUGGAACUUCAAAGGAAUGAGUGGGAUCCAAUCAUCGAAUGGGCUGAAAAAAGAUACGGCGUGGAGAUCAACUCCUCCACCAGCAUAAUGGGACCCAGCAUCUCCGCCAAGACUCGGGAGGUGCUCGUCAGCCACCUGGCAUCUUAUAACACGUGGGCUUUACAAGGGAUUGAGUUUGUAGCUGCCCAGCUCAAGUCCCUGGUCCUGACCUUGGGCCUGAUUGACCUGCACCUGACCGUGGAGCAGGCUGUGCUGCUGUCACGCCUGGAGGAGGAGUACCAGGGAGGAUUUCCAUGUCAGCUAGAAAAAUUUGUCCAACCUGCUAGGAUGGCUUGGCAUUGACUCACCUUGUCUACUAAACGUGUACACCAGGAGUUGAUUCUGGUCACCAGCUCAUCUUCUCGAUUAUCAAUCUUCAGGAGGUGGAUGUCGUGCGAUGCCCCGACAGCAUUAACAAUCGUAUCUUUAUCGACAAAAAGCUGGUGAGUGAAAAGAAUCCAAUGAGAACGUGUGUGUCAUUACACCCUGAACACAAAGAGAGCUGAAUAGAAAAGGAGCAUUUCGAAGUCCCCUGGCUGUGCAGGCCACACUGAGAGCAGAGCUCACCUUUGUAUCAGCGCACUCUGCCGAUUCAUCUGUGAAUUCAUCUGUGACAGCUGCCUCCCCAACCGCGCAGGGCAGGCGUUGAGGGGAAAGGGCCAACCAGGGUGUUACUUUGCAGUCCCUGCUGGAAGCAUGUUUCCUCCAGGGUGAAGGCAGAUGGCUGCCCAGGGGGCACCUCACCCAGGACAUCUAUUCUCACAAUGCUUCUCUCUCAGUUACUCUCAAGUCUGACUUGCCCAAAACCUCUGCGUGCUGGGUGGAAGCAUGAGACUGGCUGAGGGUCUUGGUGCUGCUCUGAAGACAGCAGGCCCUAUAAACUGAUGGGUGUUCACCCCACAGUUGUCUCUCCACUGCCACUCAUGUCAACAAAACCAAACCAUGGAUUCCAUUUGGGGUCUCCUGCCUUCUGUUGUUCCUGACUUUGCUGUCUUGUAAAAAGUUGUUAGAAACAACCACCCUUUAAUAGGCCUCACUGGUUCCAGGUGUUGACACUGUGGCUGUCGUUGCCUGGGAUGGUUGAAAUGCCCAGAGCAGGGCAAGGCCACCGAAGCACUCAGUAAGCAGUUGCUUCCACCUUGAAGCAGAGGCGUUUGGUAAGGAAGAGCACGUGAAUACUCUAUUGCAGGGAGGACUUGCAAGUGGCGUGUACACUUUUUGUUCUUCCCUGUAGUGGCAGUUAACGGUCUCUAAAACAUGUUCUGUGGAAUCUUAUGUUAAUAUUUCUAUCAAAAAAGGUAUUCUUUGGUCAAACACGUUUGGGAAAGCCAGCACCCACUAGGCCCCUUCUGAAGAUUUGCAGAGCACAAAGUAUUCCAGAGGCUCUACAAAGUCCUGUGGAAAAUAAACCCUUUAAGCUUUGUC